AUAUAUAUAUAUAUAUAUAUAUAUUUUUUUUUUUUUUUUGGUACGUAAGUGCUUGCGUGUGUGCUACCGUAAUUUAAUGACUUUUAAUAUAAACACCUUCGUACUUCGGGGAUAAUGAAAAUGCUGAUACGAGAAGAAAGGUGGGUAUUCUGAUAUAUUUUUUUUUACGCAAUUUUCCAUCCUCUAUAUAUUGCAAGUUUUCUUAUGAACGAUCGAUAUAAUUUCAAUCAAUGACUUUUACGUAAUGAAUUUUACAAUACAUCCCCUUCCACCCCCUCCUCGCUAUGCAUCUUGUCGUUAUUUCUCUUAAAAAUUGCGAACAAUCAAGAAGAAGAGAAAAAAUCAUUCGAUAUCUUUCAAAGAUCUUUUGUAAAAGGAAACGCUUCAAAAAAAUAAUUAAAAAGAAAAACGAAAAAAAAAAAAAAAAAAAAAGAAAAGAAAGAACGACGAAAGAAAAGUAUUAUUCUCGAGAUCUAAAACACAAUUAUGACGAAAGACGUUCGAUCGUUUAAACUAUUCUCGUACGCGAGUUCGCAAAUUAAUCGGAUUUUCCGCGGUCGACCUUCGAAGACGUUUCUCCCUAACUCUGUGCGUAUCGCAUUAAUCACGCAGAAUAGGUAGAGAAGAGGGUGAAAGAGGGAGGAAGAGCUAACAAGAGAAAGACAGAGCUAGAGAUAGAUAGACAGAUAAAGAGAGAGAGAGAGAGAGAGGAUGAGGUCCCCUUAAAAUAAUCUGGUCCCGAAAUGAAAUCAGCCAAGGCAAUUUCCAGCCCCUAUACGAGAGGAUGCCGUGGCGCGUUAUCCAGGCACUCUGACCGCCUGUGGCCCGACGCGAUGCAACCGACAAAUGACGUUGGUCCAACCCCCUCGCGGCAGCUCACGGAAUUAAAGAUCCCGAGAUAAGGGUGUCAUGCUUUGCUAUGCAUUAUGUGUUCGGCAAAAAGCUCGCCCCCGGCUCUACUCCUGUUGUUCAGCCUCUCUUCUUCUCCUUCUUUUUCUCUCUCUCUUUCUCUCUCUCUCUCGCUCUCUCGUCCUCCAGGAAGCUUCCAAUUAAUCUUUCCCUGCUUUUUCCCAGAAAAAAAAAUAUCGCCGUACUUGUUCCUUAUCCUUUCUCUCUCUCUCUCUCUCUCUCUCUCUCUCUCUCUCUGUUUCCCUUAUUGUUUCUCUUCCUAUUUCCUCUCUUUCAUUUAACGCACGACAUACUUUAACCGUUGGUUAUCGUAAUCGUUUGUUUUUUUUUCGAAAACGAUAUCGUAAUAUAGAUCGUUGUUCAAUGAUAGAGAAAUUUUUUCCCAAAUGACGGCAGGAAGGAAAUACCAAGGUACUUCGUUUUCCGAGAUUAUUGUCUUUUCGAAGAAGAAUUACAAAUCGUUUCCUUUUCCAUGAAUGUUUCCUUUCCUUUUUCUCUUUUUUUUACCUUUUCUUCUUCUUCUUCUUCUUCUUUUUCUUCUUCUUAGGAAGGAAAUUUCACGAAGCAAGGAGAAGGAACUGAUAUGGCAAUGUACGAUGGAAAAGGAAACGCACUUUCUCAUAGGGUCUUUGAUAAAGACGUAUAGAGUGCACAAAGAAAGAAAGAAAGAAAGAAAGAAUUUCCUUUGAAAUGGCUAGGCGGAGAGUAACUCAGGCAGACAGCGGGGGUGUAUAACUCCGGCCGCGUUAUGAUCUGCACAUCCUCUUGUGUUCGGACCGGCUACACCGAACGGAACCUUGCCAACCUUCAUAUUUCAUGUUUUAUCGCGCGAAAGUAUCGAGAAGAAGAACCGUUCUCUCCUAACUCUGACUCUGACUUUUAGAGAGUCGUCGAGGUUACGACGAAGCUACGGAAAACGAAAGAGUGUCCAUCUAUUUGACGUUAUCAAUGUAUUCCUUUGUCUUUUCCUUUUUUUUCUUUUUUUUUUUUUUUUUUAAAUGGCGUCUUUCUCAAAUUGCACGUCACAGUUUUAACCUUCAAUUAAAUUUCUUGCGUUGGCUCGCACAGGAACGAUAUGUCGUUGACGCUAAUAAAGAAAGAGGAUUCGACGUCGAAGAAAUAUGAUCCAAAGAUGAAAUCAAAAUUCGAUGCGCUCGCAACGGAAUUUCAAUAUUACGGAGCGGCUAUUAGAAAUUUGGCACCGGCUAUGUCGUCGGUCGAGGACAAAAAUAGGAUAAUCUCUUGGGUGAAUAAACUCUUUGCCGCGGAAUAUCACGUAGAAAUUUUACGUGACAAACGUAACAGGUAUUUGUCAUCUUUAACUAUAAAUAUGUUGAAUGACAAGUUAUCAGGCGUAUUCGCCAAGGAUCCACCGAGUGGUUCGCUCAAAAACUUGUCUUGCGAGCCGGUAAUCAAAGCUCCACCUGCGGAAUGGGAAUUGGAUACAACCUGGAGCGAAUAUGUUGCAUCCUUGCCGGACUAUUACGAAAAAAUAUUGUGUAGCUUUCACGACGAGACUUCGAUAUGCGAACAAGACACGUUCGAGAUGGACGAACAAAUGGAUAACGAAUUUUGGUUUUUGCUAUAUCAAAUCAGACCGUAUGCCGCAUUGAUGCCAUCACCUAAUGCAAAAACGAUAGUCACUGCUUGGAUUCAAACGCUAUGUCGAUUGAGCUGUAACAAGUGUAGCAAAAUGAAAGGACUUAGAAACGAUUACGCUUACGCCCUUUACGGAUACGUAAGGGAUUUGCGAAUAGCCGGACCGUUCGAAGAUUAUCCGCCUAUGAAUUAUCUCAAAUCGUUACCAGAAGCAGCCAGGCAAGCCGCGAAGAAGCAUCCACUGACGUCACCUUUUUCUCAAGAGGCAGAUUCCUUUAUCAUGGAGCAACCGACAACCGAGGAAGGUGCUUUUUGUUAUAUCGCUGUGACGGGUGACGUCAUUGAAACCACCGCCAAGUAAUCGCAAAAAAAAAGGGGGGAAAAACAAAACAAGCAAAGCAAACAAACAAACGGAGAAGAAUAAAGAUAGAUAAAAAAAUGUCGAUUUCAAUCAUUUUUUCGAAUCUUCUUAUCCAACAAACGA